CCUGUGCUGGGUGGCCUCAGUGUUGUAGUAAUGGCGGCGGUGCGCAGGGCCUCGUCCGCCCUCACUACUACACUUCUUAAGCUCAACCGGCUACACGUCACAUCUGGUCAGACGUUCACGCCUCCUCUGGCAGCCGUAACGACCACCAGUUGUUUCAAGACUUUCAUCCAUACUUCUGGUUGCUGUAAGGGCUUGUCAGAGUUCUUUGAUGAUGAGAAGAACUGGGGAGAGUCGGUAGUUAAGGUUGGCCGUGCUUGGAAAUUAGAAGAACUGCGAAUCAAGAGCAAUGAAGAUCUUCAUAAGUUGUGGUAUGUGCUCCUGAAGGAGAAAAACAUGUUGCUAACAAUGGAACAUGCUGCACUUGAGGAGCACAAACUUUUUCCCAGUCCUGAAAGAAUUGAUAAGGUCGAGGAAAGUAUGAAAAAUUUGGAGGAUGUAGUGCGGGAGAGAGAUCGUGCAUAUUGGCUGUUAGAAACUGGCGAGACAGGAGAAAGACCCAGUGCUGUGGUUCACGAUGCUCUUGGUCGUGUUGUUCGAAAGGAGUUUGAUGAACAUCCCAUUCCUGAAUGGAUGCAACCCAAGACAAAUGAAGUUGAAAGCAAAAAGGGUGAUAUAUGGAGGUUUCAAAGGCUUUUGAAGGAGAAGGAAUUUGUGGAGAGGAGAAAAACUUUGAGACUUAUUCGCAACCACGUCUGUAUGCUUUUGCGACGCUUCCCACAUAUGGAUAUGGACAAACUUCAGAAGCAAUACCCAGAAGUGGAUGUCCAAGCUCUGCGUAAACGAAAGUUUGCUCGGGGCCACCACGAUCAAAAUCAGGGUUGAUAUGUUUAGUUUUAAAUUGUGAUAAUAGCUUCAUCAAAAAGUUUCAGAGUAAUAAAUUACUUAAAACAUAUUUUCAGUUGUAUAUUAUUAUGAUAAUUGAAUCAUUGUAUUAUUUUGUUAAGAUAUGAUGAUCAUUUCCUGAUGAAAACAGUCAUAGGCAUGUACUUUAGGCAUGAAAACAGAACCGUGCAGUACUAUUCUCCCAUCGAAGACCCAUUUCUUUGACUACUUUUGCAUUCUAUCAUGUGAUGGUGACCAGAAUAUUUUUGAGUCUUCAAUUCCACACUGAAACCACAUUACAGUUUCUUGAAACUGUACAGUUAGUAUUUACUUUUCUCCAUUUAUAAUUUCUUUUGUUUCUGCUCUUGCAUCUACCCAUUUACAUACAUGGUAAUGCUAUAUAAGUUUUCCUUUCAAUUUUACUUUUCAGAUUCAAUUAUAGCAAAAGUUGGCAUGGUUAAAAUUUCAAUAGUACUAAUGCAACAGCACUUAAGUUGGAAAUUGUGAUCGGUCAAAUAUGUUUUAAAGAGACUUGAUAUCGAGAAUGACUUGUGACAAUUUUUUUUUAUCCUUGACAUGAAUUUGAGCAGAAUUUAAAAAAUGCAUAUUAAAAAUAUUGCAUUGAAAACUUUAAACAUAGGUUGUCUACAUUUUAGUUGAAGUGGCCAUUGCAAGGUACAGUAUAGUGCAUAAAGUAAAUUAUAUCUUAUCUUUUGUAAGAUUAGCUUAUUGACAUUACUGUAAAUAUUUAACUUUUGAAAUAAAAAGCUAUUGCUAUA